GACUAAGCAGGCUCCAACAGAAAUAGGAUAGAGGUAUUAUCAAGUUGGUGUUGCAAUAUGAAUACUGUAUGAGUCUGUCUUUCUGAUCUUGUAUUCUAUCCACCCUUCUAAAAAUCAUCUCAUGAAGCUGAUUUGAAGCAUCCAUAAGAGACUGUGUAGGGGUUGCUUGUGUGCUGUUUCACCCCUAAAUAAAGUGUCAUCCUAUUUUCAUACUAAGUUCACAGGUACCAGGUUGGAGGAACAGUGCUAGCUGGAAAGUUAGCCAUGGAAAGAGGUUGGGCCAUCAACAUUGGUGGUGGUUUACACCACUGCUCAGGGAAUUCAGGUGGUGGAUUCUGUCCCUAUGCUGAUAUCACAUUAUGUGUUCGCAUGGUCCGGAAAAAUUUCUCCCAAGUGAAAAAGGUCAUGAUCAUUGACUUGGAUGCCCAUCAGGGAAAUGGUCACGAACGAGACUUUAUGGACGAUAAAAGCAUUUAUAUCUUCGACAUGUUCAACAGUAGCAUAUAUCCUGGAGAUAGAGAAGCCAUGAAUGGCAUUACCCUCCCAGUCAAACUGUCUUCUGGAACCGAUGACUCUACAUACUUGGAUCUUUUAGAAAGGAAUUUGGAAAAAGCCUUCAAAGAAUUCACACCUGACUUCAUUCUUUACAAUGCUGGGACUGACAUCAUGGCUGGGGAUCCCUUGGGACGCAUGGAAAUUUCUGACGAAGGGGUAAUCAAGCGAGAUGAGAUGGUUUUCCGUGAAGCUUAUUCCCGUCGAUUCCCAAUAGUCAUGGUUACUAGUGGUGGCUAUCAACGGAGGGCUGGUGCUGUGAUAGGCGACUCCAUUCUCAAUUUGAAAAAUAUGGGCUUGAUUAGUCUUGAACCAUGGCCUGAAUCCACCAAUUUCAAAGAUGGCAGUGAAAGUUGAGUGUGAUAUGCUUGGUGCCUAAAUUUGAGAUCCAUGUCAAAACAAUACCUGCAAUCAUAUGAAGCUGUGAUUUCUGUGAUUUCCGUUAAAGUACCUUAUUCAUUUGUCUCUUAGGUACAGGUAGGCCUGUAUAUCUACUAGAUUGGUGUAAGAAAUGUUUCUGACUUAUUCAGAGCUUCUUAAUUGGAAUUAUCUUUGAUGAGUUAAACUAUUUCUACGAAAUGACCUUGAGGGAGAGAAGUAAUUGUCCUCUACUGACUGAAAUAUUUUUGCAGUUCUGAUGUUUGUACUUGCAUAUGAAUGUUUCUCUUAUGGCCUAAUGCCAUGGACAAGAUGAGGCAGGUUUUAUAACCUUCAUUCCUUGUCUGUAACAUCAGCUAUAGGCCAACUCAUAAAUAGGCCUGGCUGUUUUCACAUGGUUUUGUUUAACUAGCCAGGGGAUGUGCCAAACACCCUCAACAACUAUGCUUUUUUAUCCUCAGGCUGGUUCUGUUGUGUCCACAGAUAAAUGGACUGUGUGCAUGCAAUUGUCUGUGCUUAAUGGGAAGACUGUGAUUUAAACCCCUUGUGCAAUGUUAAUCUUCUAUAUGGUACAAGGUUCUGGUGACUAAAUGUUCUCCUUGGUGAAUGUGAUCAAUUAGGAGAAAACUGUAAGUCACAUAUAUUGAUUUUGCUCAUUGUUGCUUUUGAUUCUAGUUAUAGCAAAGAGAUUUGAACUUGGCUGACUUGAUGCAUUUUGAUGAAAAUAUUUGGCAUGAGAAAUAUAACUCUGGCAGUGGCCUCCGACUCACUGAGUUGGGACAACUUGAAAUGUAAUUGAUGUUAUUGCAUGUUGUCAAUCCUUUUUGUUUGGUUUUAUAAAUUUCAUUUCUAUUC